AUGCUGAGAUUACUAAUCACCUGCAGCAGAUCAGCAGGGUCGUCGACGACUAUUAAUAUAAGGAGGAGGCCGCUGCAGCUGCAGCCACCCAUUAAUAUUAAUGUUGCUCAUAAUGUUGUUUUGUUUGCAAGACCAUUUUCUUCUUCACCAACAACAACAACAACAACAACAACAACAAGACGGCUUGAGGGCAAGGUAGCCCUCAUAACCGGCGGCGCAAGCGGCCUCGGCAAGGCCACCGCACAAAUCUUCAUCCGACACGGCGCCCAAGUCGUCAUCGCUGACAUCAAUUCCGAAAUGGGCCCACAAGUCUCCCGCGAGCUCGGGCCUGAAGCCCAGUUCGUCCCGUGCGAUGUCACCGUGGAGGCCCAAGUUGAGGAAGCCGUCCGCUUCGCCGUGGCCCACCAUGGGAAGCUCGACAUCAUGUUCAACAAUGCCGGCAUCGCGGGCUCUGCGGUCCCGCCAAGUGUUGCCGACUUGGACCUCGACGAGUUCGACCGAGUCAUGAGGACCAACGUGCGUGGCGUGAUGGCCGGGGUCAAACACGCGGCUCGGGUGAUGAUACCAGCGGGCUCGGGCUCCAUAUUGUGCACGGCUAGCAUUAGCGGGCUCAUGGGUGGGCUCGGGCCGCAUCCCUACACUGUAUCGAAAUUCGCAAUACCCGGGAUUGUGAGGUCAGUGGCGAGCGAAGUGUGCAGGCAUGGGGUUCGAGUAAAUUGCAUCUCGCCUUGCCCGAUUCCCACUCCGCUAGUGGUGGACCAGUUGGGUCGGCUAAUUCCGGGGGUGUCUAGAGAUGUGAUUGUGGGGAUUGUUAAGGGGUUGGGGGAGUUGAAAGGUGCGGUUUGUGAGGAGGAGGAUGUGGGGAAUGCCGCCCUGUAUUUGGCUUCAGACGAGGCUAAAUACGUGACUGGUCAUAAUCUGGUGGUCGAUGGAGGUUUUACUAGCUUUAAGAAUCUACAAUUCCCUAAAUUAUAG